AUGCAUGGGUCAUUUCCAGCCAUGCACGACAUGGAUGCACCAAUGGGUGAUGCAUUGCACCAUGAUGAUGAACCCGCUGACUCCAUAGGUGACGUUGAUCUUGAAAAUGUGCUGGCACCUCAUGAGAACAUGCCCUCGUCCUCUCCUGCCAUUAUUGACUCCUUGGAAUUAUUAGACGUGGAUGCCUCUCCUCUCAGCAGCCCUUCCUCCUCUGAUAGUUCAUCAUUCACGGAACCACACAAUGUCACUUUGAGUGAGGAACAAGUCCACGAUGCUGCCGACGAGCCCAUCGUACCAGCCAUAGAGUCGGAUGCAACUCCUCCUAUAGUCCCACGUCGGAACCCAACGCGCGAUCGACGUCCUCCUCAUCAUCUUGAUUCUUAUGAGGUACAUCUCCCUAACACCAGUUCUCAUAAUGUUCGCUACCCGCUUUCUCAUUCUGUGCAUUAUCACUGA